GCUGCUGCACAUGCGCAGUCCGUCUUGCUGUCGCAGAGGAGGGUCCAUGCUGAGGAGAGAUUUUGGCACAUUGCAGUUACGUAUCACUCCACAAGACUCCGCAGCUAUGAUGAAUUCUGACAUGGAUGUUCUAGAUGUGGAAAAUCAAGUUGAACUAGAAGAAAAAACAAGACUAAUUAACCAAGUCCUGGAGCUGCAGCACACUUUAGAAGAUCUAUCAGCUCGGGUUGAUGCUGUUAAAGAGGAAAACCUGAAACUCAAGUCUGAAAACCAAGUUCUAGGGCAGUACAUUGAGAAUCUUAUGUCUGCUUCCAGUGUUUUCCAAACCACAGACACCAAAAGCAAGCGCAAAUAGCCUUGUUCAAUCACCAGUGCAUUGUCCUCUGUUCCAUUUGGUUUUUUUUUUGUACCUGGCUAGCAUUUAUGGGUCCAGAUAGCAUUGGACAAGCAUUUACUGAGCUAGCACUAGUAGUAAAAAAUAUAGAUGUACAGUAGGCCAGUGUGCAAAUAGCACUACUUAAAUUACAGGACACAGUGUCCAUAAUAUAUUAAUGCUCCAGGUGUAAAAGAUUACAGUGGGACCAGGGAAUGAGACGCCACACUGUUUCCAAGUUUUCUCUGUAUGGGUUAUAUGGUUAGCAUUUGGGGUUUU